AUGAAUAGCACCAGUGCAGAUAGCAAUUAUCAUCAAUAUCCCCACCCUACCAACCAACAAGGAAAAAACACUAGUGAGGAAAAUAGCAACAAGAGAGGUAAAGGCAAAGGAGGACCUGAUAACAACAAAUUCAGGUAUCGAGGUGUUAGACAACGCAGCUGGGGCAAGUGGGUAGCUGAGAUCCGUGAGCCCCGUAAACGGACACGACGUUGGCUCGGUACUUUUGCUACUGCUGAAGAUGCUGCUCGAGCCUAUGACCGUGCCGCUAUUAUACUCUACGGUUCAAAAGCUCAGCUGAAUCUUCAACCUUCAGGUGCAAACGCUACUAGCUCUUCAUCAAAUUCUUCUAAACGUGGCUCCACUUCAUCAUCAUCUACAACACAAACUCUUCGUCCUUUACUUCCUAGACCUCCUUCUGCAUCAUUUGAUUUCUCUUUCUCCUCUUCUUCUACGCUAUUACCUCCAAACGUAUUGGCUCCUUCUAAUAAUUACGGAUUUUACCCUGCCGUGCAAUAUGCUGACGACAUGUCACAAAAUCCUCACCAGAAACAAACUUUUGAUGAUAAUGGAUAUCACCUCGACACUGGAAUGAUGUUAUGGUCUGAUUCAAACCCUAACCCUAACCCUAAUCUUACGAAAGAAGAUCAAAAUCAACAAUAUCAGCAUCAACAUCAACAACAUAAUUGUUUGUAUGAGAGUAACGUGUACACGUCAGUGGAUGCCACCGCACCGGUUGUUUCCGAUCCAGUAGCGGCAGUGGCUUCUCCGGAUUUGUGGCCUUCUAUUGUGGAUGACAGCGAUAAUUACCACCCUGCUCAUAUUUGGGAUUAUGGAAAUGAUCCAUUCUUGUUUGACUUUUGA